AGAAUGUAAUUUGUCAGCUCAGGAAACCCAAGUUAUCCAUUUCUCCAGAGCUCCCCUGCAAUGGCUUCCCAGAGCAAAAGAGAGAGAAGAGAGAAAUGGCUAUGGCGAUGAGCUUGAUUCUGUAUCUGAACGUGGCAAUUUCAAAGAAGAAAAACAGAGGGCAAUGGCAGCCCUAACUUUUCUUCCAUAGAAAGCUCUCUCGCUGUGGGUGGUGGGCCCUUGUUCUCUAACCACAACUGUCACCUAUUUCUUCAACUUUCACCCAACACCCAACACCCAUCACCAUUUUUUUCCUCUCUUUCUCUUUCCCUUUCUCUCCUUUUCUCUCUUUUCAUCUCACCAUCGUCAAUUCUUCCUCUUCUUUUUCCUUUUUCCAUGUCUUUAAUGGCGGCCAAAUGCGAAUUCUACGCCAAAAGAUAAAGGGUCGGUGUUAGAUAAGCACCCGGUCAUCAUUUUUAUUCGUUGUCAAGAGAGAUGCCUACAUUUUAAAAGCUUUAUUGUGGUUUUUUGUUCUUCGUGUGGUCGGUGGAAUUGCUGAAAUUUUUGGACAUGGGGAGAGAGGGGGUGGGGUGGUGUUUGUUCUGAAGUGGAGCGUGAUGUUUUGGACUUUCUUUGAUGGAUUUGGAGCGAAUUUUAGUUUUAUUUCUACCGACUACAGUUCGAUUUAGGGUGUCUAAUCGCAAUUCAGGGAAUUUUGUUAAGGCCUCUUGAAUCAGUUCGAGAUAGAGAAUGAUUUGUGAAUUGUGGCGGGUUUGAUGUGAUCGAGAACUGAAACUGAAGUCGUGAAAUUCUACUGACUCUGAGAAUUUGGGGUUUGAUGUUUUUGAUCAACCUCUGAUAAGAAGGAAUUGAGGAAAAGCAAUUAUGAACCAUUUGCCAUCAUGAUUUUUUCUUUUCUUUUUUUUUUUUUGGAGGAGAUAAUGGUCCCUCAGUUGUCUUUUCUUUCAAGUUAACUUCGAAUCUCUCGAUAUUCUAAGAUUUUGAUGAAUUUCUGAGCACGUCAUAACGCUUGGAUUUGAUACCUUGCCAUUGCAAGAAGCUGCAAUCGAAUUCGGCUGUGUUUCUCCCGAUUUAUCAUCUGGAUUCCAUGUCUGUUCUUCGCUAAACUUGAUUUCUAAGGGUCCGCACUCGAGAGUUCAUGCAACCAUAUUAGAGAAUAGAAUUUUGGACUUAAUUUUUUAAGAAAAUGGCGAAGAAGUCCAAAAGAAUUACGGUUCGUUAUGAGAAGGAUCAGUCAGGCUGUAUGUGGGGUUUGAUUAGUUUGUUUGAUUUCCGCCAUGGCCGCGCCUCCAGGAAGUUAUUAGCCGACAAGAAGCGUCCGAGCAGGCAAACUGCUGGUACUGAAAAUUCUAGAAAUAAGUUUGAGAUUUUGGCUAAUUUGGAUGAAGAUUGUAGUUCUACUUUGGACAGUGAAGAACGUAAGAUAUUGGACAUUGGAAAGCCAAGCGUGAAGAAACUCAUAGAAGAGGAAAUGUUCAAUGAGCAGGACUCGAGCAGGAUCGAGUGCGAACACUCAGGCCACUUAAAGACGACUGACCUGAAAAAAACGAAGAGUCGAAAGAAAAGCCGUGACAUUGAUGCCGAUUCCUUUAAUGCUUCUGAGUAUUUGAAGGAACAAAGUGUUGAUAAUCUUCCUGUUCAUGUGAUGCUAAAGGAGAUCUACAGUCAGAUCCAUCGAAAGAGCACGAGUGAAAUGAAAUUUGACCCGGAUGACAAAGCAGAUAUGCAAUCAAAUGGUUACCUUGCUGAUCUAGAACAAAAAGUGGUUGAUGCGAUUAAGGAAUAUUUAGGCCAGAAGUUCAAUAUUGGGAAAGAUUUUGCUGAAAUUCAGAGAGUUCAACACUCAAGAGAGAUCAUGGAAGCACUUCAGAUUUCCCAUUCUGACGACGAGCUGUUUCUAGAACUCGCACAAAACCCAAACUCUGUGUUGCUAAAGUACAUUAGAAAUUUGCAUGAUAUGUCGAUUGAAAAAGUUGACGAACCGAAGUCACACGAAUUCAGUGAAGUUAGGCAGUCCGAGGAGCUUGUUGAUCAUAAACAACGAUUAUUUUUCAGGAGAAAGGUCAAGCAUCGGGGUAGGAGCUUAUCAAGAGGGAAUGAAAAUUCUGACGCGUCAAGUAAAAUUGUAAUCCUGAAGCCAGGGCCAAAAGGUUUGGUGAGUUCGGAUGCUGACAGCAUUCAUCCAUCAGCCCAAAAUUCUACUGCUAACGAUAAAAAGAAAGUGCUGAAUGAGAGGGUUAGUUCUAACUUUUUUCUUGCUGAAAUCAAGAGGAGGUUUAAAUAUGCCAUGGGAAAAGAUCACCAUGAACUCUCUGCUAAUGAUUCAGAUAGAUUUCCUUCUGAUCAUCACUCUAAGAGGGAGAGUGAAAAGGGUGUCGUUAAGGAAAAUGGUGCAAGAAAUUCUACUAGUAAGGACCACUUUUUUCUUGAAAGAAUUGCCAGACCUUCCACUGAUGGCACGAGAGGAGAGAAGGUUGGAAAACUCAAAAGCUUGGAAAUAAAUCAAGAUUUGGGAAAUAUUUAUAACAAUAGAAGAAGCCCGUCUAAUAUUUAUGUUGAGGCAAAGAAACAUCUCUCUGAGAUGCUUAGCAGUGGGGAUGAGAGUGUAGAUUUUUUAAGGGGACACGUCCCUAAGACCCUAGGACGGAUUCUCUCUCUUCCUGAGUAUAACUUUUCUCCCAUUAACAGUCCUAGAAGGGACUGCAAGCUCAGCCCAGUAACUUCAGAGAAGAGAAUUUCUUCUAGUAGCAGACUUGUAAGUGCUAAUGAAAUUAUGCCAUCCUUCAAGGGCGAAAGUAACGAGACCCCAAUCAGUCCAGGAAAAUCUCCAUUGUGCAUUUCUGAUGAUACCCCAAAUGCUGUGCAGCCUCCAAUUGACGAUAACCACAAUAUUAACAGUGAUUUAGUCGAUCAAAGUAUAAGAGAAGAAGCCGUGAGUUCUAGUACUAAUGGGAUGAUUUCUGAAGGUGAUAUCGAGAGUCUAAAAGUAAAUGAAAUUGCAGUUCAUGAGGAGAGAAGUUUUUUGGAGGCUCCCUCUGACUCAAGUGAAUCUUCUCUUUCCAGAGAUCAGAAUGGUGAAAUGCCUGAUGCAUGCAAUGAUAGAAGUGUUUCUGAUGUUCCAUCUGACCCGAUUGCCUCUCCCCUUAUCCGAGAAGAACGUAAUGAUGACACGCCAGAUGUGCUCAUUGAUGAACCUUCGAUAAGCUUGCCUCAAGAUUUGUCUGAAGAAAACCAAUUGCCUCCAUCUCCCUCGGGAUCCCCUUCUAGCUUGUUUACUCUUGAAAAGGGUGUUGGAGAUUUAGAGGGCGUUUCUGAUGUUCCAGAGCGGCCAAGCCCGGUUUCAGUUCUUGAGCCACUAUUUGUAGAUGAUAACAUGAGCCCGGUGCAUGCCAUUUCUCUGCCUGCAGGGUUACCAGUACAACCAGUGCAUAUUGAAUUUGACGAUCGUGAACCUGCAGAAACCGAUAAAGCUAACAUUCCGAAAUCGUUGAAGGACGAUAAGGAAGUGAUUUUUGACUAUGUGAAGACAGUGUUAUCAGCAUCAGGCCUUACCUUGAACCAGAUCUGUGUAAGGUGGCUUUCUUCAGAACAGCUUCUUGACUUCCUACUAAUCGACGAGGUAGAGCUUUUCCCGAACCAGCUGUGCUCUGAUCAGAAGCUCCUCUUUGACUGUAUUAAUGAAGUACUUGCUGAUGUCUGUCAAAACUUUCCCCCAUGGUUCUCGUUUGUAAAACCUUGUUUACGGUCGGAAUAUCUUGUUGAGGUUUGUGAAGGAGUAUAUUGGCAUCUUCUUCCAAUGCCACAGCCUCUUACGCUGGACCAUCUUGUCACGAAGGACAUGAACAGAACCCGAACAUGGAUAAACCUUCAUUCUGAUGCUGAAACUAUUGGUACUGAGACAUGUGAUGCCAUAUUCGAUGAUUUGGUGGAUGAUACGAUAUUAAGCUGUGUAUGCGAUAGUUCAGAAUCCGAUGAUGGCUUUCACAUGGAGAAUGAAAAUGCGAGUGACGACUUGUAAAGAAUUGCAGUUAGCCUGCAUAUGGUAAAAUAAUCAAAACUUGGGAGGACCCCUUUUUGAUGAACUAUGGUAAUAUGACUGAGCUGUUGCUAACUUGGUCUCCUGAGAUCUGUGUAGAUAUCAACCACAAUCUUACUACUUCCAUAGCCAUGGCUUUUCUGGCCUUCCCUGCUCGUUCUAGUUGUCAAAUUAAUGCCUUCAACAGAGAAGGUUUAAGACUUCGGUCGUCACAAAAACACAGAGUCACGUCCUUUUUUUACAGCUGACUAAUAUCGACUUUGGGUCGGGUGCAAGGUUUGCACAGUUGUGAUAUUGGAGGUGGCACCCUCCUUUGUAGAUCUUGUAGAGUUCGGUGUGUUGUAUUGGUCGAGGAAAUCGAUAUCGUGUGGUUUGAUUCAUUGAUUUUUUUCCCCCUUCUCUUUUCGGGUCACUUGUUAGUGUCGUUUACCUGCGCUUUGCUGCUGUAUUUGCAAAGAUUAUGACAAACUGUGAAUUUUGGUUGUGAGAAUUGUUUUUUUCCCUCUCUUUUAAGUAUGUAAUAAAGGGUGUUCCCUAUUGACCUCCUCAUGCUCUGAAGAAGAAAUGUAAUGUUUAGCUUCACUUUCCCCUUC